UGAUGUUGACACCAAGGAGAUGGUAGGGAAUGUCUUGCGGAAGCUGCCACAUUUGUAUACAGUACCAAACAUGAAACCAGUGGAAAUUUUUCUCGGAAUUACCUUUGGCCCUGUUCAGUUGAAAGGUGCGGACAUUUUUAAACUUUAUGGUCCCGUGUCAAAAUACUGCCGUAACGGAGCCAGGCUCGUGCAAGUCGACAUCAUAGCUGACCGCCCCAUCGACUUCUUCACACCCUGGAAAAUAUGCAGUGGAAAGGAGGGCAUUCUUGGAGUUCAAGGAACUGCCAGAGUCACGGUCACCUUUGAGGUGGCCAACGCGACUGCUUCAAGUGAACCGAAAGGAGAGAGGAAGCUGGUUGUUGUAGGCGAAUUGAUGCCAGUGAACACCCGUGUCAAUGCCGUGUACCUGCGAGGUGCUGGAGAAGCAUUGCGAAACGCCGUUGGAUAUUCUAGAAUCUUGUUGCCAGCUAUAUCCGACGAGCUAUGGGAAGGUGCUGUGAAAUUCGAACUCCGCAAGAUGCUUCAAAAGGCUACCGAAGAUCCAUAAACUCAAAGACUGUAUUUCUCGCUUGAUAUCUUGUGUUCACACAGAAAUGUCGUAAAGUCAGUGCACCUAACGCUUAAUAAAACUGGCAUG